AUGACCGCCCCCGACAAAUCGUCUCUGCAAGAAGGCGUGCAAAAGGUGCUCGACACCUACACAGCCGGCAAGGGCCCCAACAACGUUCCCGGCGCCGUAGCCUACAUCGCCGAUGCGAGCGGUAAGGAGGUUGCAUGGGCGGCCGCCGGCGUCAGCGACAUUACCAAACCCGAUCCGAUGAAGAAGGACGCCAUCUUCUGGAUCGCCAGUUGCUCUAAGCUGCUCGUCGCCAUCGCGUGUCUCCAGCUGGUGGAACGCGGUCAGCUCAACCUCGAAGACAGCAUCGCCAAGUUCCUGCCCGAAGCAGGUGAGCUCAAGAUGCUCAAGGAUGGCUCGGCUCCGAACAAGAUCCCGACGGUCAACGACACGCUGCUCAUCCUGUCCGGCCAGGCGUGUGCCCUUUUCAACCAGGACCUCGCCGACUGGUUUGCCAGCAAGGGCCUGCCACCGACGGCCAACCUGGACCAUAGCCGAGCGAGCAUCUUCACGCCGUAUGCUUCGCAGCCCGGCGAGGAGUGGAACUAUGGCUUCAACAUCGACUGGGCCGGCUUGGCCGUCGAAGUCAUCACCGGCAAGGAUCUCGAGACGUACUACCGCGAAAACAUCUUUGAGCCGCUCGGCGUCAAGGACAUCACCUUCAAGCCUAAAUCGGCCGGCCUCAUGGAUCGCCUUGCUGCCAGUCACAUGCGCGACGAGAGCGGCAACAUCCUGCCCUUCAUCCAGCUCUGUUUGGCGGACGAGGACAAGAUGGAGAUUGUCUAUCCUGGCGCCGGCCUCUACGCCAACGGCUCCGAAUACGUCAAGAUCCUCGUGGCACUGCUCAACAAGGGCACGCACCCUACUCAGGGCGGCACCAUCCUCAAGCCGGAAAGCGUCGAGCUGUUGAAGAAGGACCAGCUUCACGGAAAGCUUGUCGAUGACCUCGAGCGCAAGUUCGACGCGGUGGUUCCGGCCGUGAUGAGCGAGAACUUUGCCGGCUGCUGCGCGCCCGGGCUCAAGAAGAACUGGGCCUACGGUGGCCUGAGGCUCAAGGAGAAGCACCCGACUCGCGGUCUCAGCGAAGACUCGCUCAGCUGGUGCGGGGUUCAGAACAGCUGGUGGUGGCUUGAUUUCAAGGAUGGUACUUGUGGCAUGGUGCAUACGCAGAUGAGUCCAUUCCCGGACAAGGCGACCGAGGAUAUGCUGGCCGAGGUCGAGAGCCAGGUGCACGCUGCGUAUGCGAAUUAG